UCAAAAUCUAUCAAUUAUUUCGCGAACAUCCACAAAAAUCUCGACUGAUUUACUUUUCACUAAGACAGUUUGAACAUUAUCCUAAGAAGCGGCAACACGAACCUGUCGACUGUCAACAUGAUAGAUUUUGAACAACUGAUUGUUUUCCAUGAAGAUCGAAAUUUGUUCAAAGACUUUGAUUCGCUCCAAAAAAUUGUGUCUAGAUCAUAGUGAAAUGCAGAAUUAACUCGUGCUUCAUCCGUGAUCGAAAGGUGGUGUAUUCCGCGAUUGUGAUAAAGAAACGUUCGUAAGUGAUCGCGAAUAGUUUAUCGUGUGACUGGGACCGGCGACCGGCGAAUAAUUUAUCGUGUGACCGGCAUCAAAGCACCGAGACAUCAAUUAUACGAAAGAGCAUCGACUAUGGUAGUUUUAAGUCGCGUGGGGUCGCCGCCUGUCGCCGGCAAUCAACAACAACAUCCUCAUCAAGAAUGGGACAUAAACGAUUCGAAUGUACCGAGGGUAGUAGAAUACGAUCCUUGGUGCGAAUGGGCGGAUGGACACGUGAGGAGAGUCUACGGACCAGAUUGCGAAGAAGCGAGAAAACACGCCUCUGGCUGGGCAAUGAGAAACACCAACAAUCAUAAUGUGAGCAUCCUUAAGAAGAGUUGCUUGGGCGUUCUGGUAUGCUCUCAGGAGUGCGUACUGCCCGGUGGUGGAAGGGUUCACCUCCGACCGGCGAUUUGCGAUAAGGCGAGGAAGAAACAACAGGGCAAACCGUGCCCCAAUAGACAGUGUACCGGUCGUUUAGAAAUAUUGUCGUGUCGUGGACAUUGCGGUUAUCCCGUGACGCAUUUUUGGCGACACACGGACCACGCGAUUUUUUUUCAAGCCAAGGGACAGCACGAUCAUCCGCGACCGGAAGCCAAGUCCACAUCUGAGGCGAGAAGAAGCGUGGGUGCCGGCAGAAGAGUCAGAGGGCUGGCGAUUUUUUUGGCUAAAGAGACCGCCCUAAGCACCAAGUUAAUGUCACUAAAAGGAACUAAAAGACCGAGCACGGAUACACUUGAGCAGCCAUCGAGAACAACGCAGCCACCACCAUUAAUUUCUGACAAAGGAUAUUCAUGCUCCUGUCCACCCUUCGAGUGCAUAUGUUCGCUACAAACCAACGUACCAUCCUACCCGCAGUCUCAUCAUCAUCAGACAACGGUAUAUUCUCAACAAUUGUCCUCUACAGACGGAUCCUACUGGAUGCAGAACGCUCCGCCGCAGGAGGACAUUGUCGGUUACUGUCUGCCGAAUCAGGUUUCCCAGGAGAUUUACGGCGAUUUUCCACGCGAUCCCUUUACAGGCGAUCUUUUCCAACCGGAAGAGAUCUUUCAAUUGGAUCAACCAUUAAGACCGGAUUUUUCUGCAAAUCCCCAGGAUACGGCUCGUUCACCACCGACUCUACUCGACCUCGGCAGCGGUACCAUCAAAUACGAAAUAAAGCAGCACGAUCAAACUUAUUGGAAUCAGUUUCUUAGCGAAGAUUCCAGCAGCAGCCAUCUAAGUUUGUCCCAGGAUGAAAGGGUCCCAGGAUUUUAUUUUACCGGUUUCGAACCUGAGAAAGUUUCCAAUGAAUUUUCGUCUAAAAAAACGAUGCAUCAUUACGUUCUGCAAGAAAAGAGUCAAAAUCAAUCUAUAAACGAUACUCUAAAUUAUCAGAGCUAUUCUAGAUCGCAAAGCCAAAAAAAUUUCAUCGAAGGAAGCGCAAAGGACGAGCAAGAACAGUCUUAUUGGUCUCAGAAUCAACAAGACAACAGAUUACAUUUGGAAGGUUUUGAAGUCAAGGAUGAAGAUCUGUUGGCCUCGCGCAGAGAAGUCGAAUGCUACAAGAACAAUGGUCAAGCCCCGAUUAUAAGUAGAAUGGAAUAUAAUCUCUAUCAGAGGCCCAAGAACGAGGAUCAGCACGAUGCGGCACGACGUAAUUGCAAUUCCGAACAAGAUAAACCGUAUGCCUUCGAUGGAUAUCAUCAUAUGUUUGAGCACGCUGAUAGCAAGAAUCAAUCGCACAAUCGCGUCGUUCAUCAGAACUCGUCUAGACUAAAUUUGGAUGAGAAACUUCAAGGUAACUAUGACAAUCAGGAGGCUCCGGAAAUCGUAGAGAGGCUAUUCCAUAAUUCCGGCGUGACGGAAACGUCCGUCCGCUCUCAAAACAGUCCCGAGACUUACUUCUAUCCCAGUAACGAUCGUUGCCAUUAUACUUGCGAGAUCGUUGAGCGGAUGCCGCAGAUGACGAGUGCCGGACCAGUCACUCAUGGGACCGUCAACAAUUACGGCGAUCAGAUUGCCGCUGACUUAGAUUUGCCACCUUUCGUGGAUUACACCCUAGUCGGGAUGCUGUGCAGUUCCGCGGAUGAGGAUACGUCGAAUCUGUUACCUUCGGGAUGUCUCCAAGACUCGCACAGCUAUACUCAUCAUUAAAAUACAGUACAUCCGCUGCCGCUACUCGAUAUAUUAUACAUAUUUGUACAAAUAAUUGUACAAAUAAAUAUGAAACAUAGCGUUGCCAGUCUUUCUCUCUCUCUCUCUCUCUCUCUCGCUCUUUCUCUCUUGGAGAUGGUAGACUCGGUCACUUGCUUCUUGUAAUCAAUUUACAUUUCAAAAUAUUUCCUAAAGAAUUGUCUUUGAUUAGUUUAAAUACAAAUUUCUAGGAUUUCAGGAAAAUAAAAAGAGCAAAAUUAAAACGCAAUUUAAAAAAAGAUCACAUGACUUUAUUUGCAACUGAUUUAUUCGCAACAGAUACUCUCACGAUCGCAUUGUUAUGUGUAUGUAUUAUGCAGUAUUAUUUUGCUAUCAUUGAUACUUAUGUGUUACACUUUCUUCGUUAUACAUGCGCAAUACCUUUUUUACUUUUACGAAGAAUAUUAUUAAUAUGAGAAUGUUCGCGAGCGGCAAACGUAACGGUACGAAUACACGAAUGGAACGGAUGUUAUAACGGAAGGAAAGCGCUUGUCCGCGCGAUUAUAGGCUGGUUAGA